UAAGACUAGCUGACACACCCAUUAUUUUAUCUCAGUGUAAAGUGUCUUCUGGCUAGCUCUAGACGUACGUAGACAGUAACUUCAUGAACUCAAGGCUGCUUUGACUUUCCUACUGAACUAAUAUACAGCAACAAUCUCUCGAGAUGUCUGCAGAUCCCAUAGUGUACAAAGAGGGGAUGCUAUUGAAGAGGCAGAGAGGCUUACACACCAGCAACACAAGGAAGCUCAAGUUCCAAGAACGGUUUUGCUGUUUGACAAACACCUCUCUGGACUACUAUGACCCACUACCCAAGAAGAGGCAGUCUGAGGGGCCCAAGGGUCAGUUUGCCGUGGAGAAGAUGAAAAUCAUCGAGCCAAUGAAAACAGACAUCUUUGGGAGAGAAUACAGAUAUGCUGUUCAGAUUGGAGACCAGCAAGAGAUCAUGUAUUUUGUGACAGAGUCAGAAGUAGUACGGGACCAAUGGCUGGAAGCUUUCAAACUUGCCUCCAGAGAUGCCACUGUGGUGAUGCUCCCCCAACACCAUCAUGGCGCAUACGGGCUACUGAACAAGGGCCGCUGGAGUUGCUGUGCUAACACUCGGAGGGACACCAUCGGAUGCUCCACUUCUAGUAUCUCCAGGAAAGAUUUAACUCUAACUUUUCCAUCACCAUCACCUUCGAAAUUACCCUCCCUUGUUGAGUUAAAGACCUCCUCCCUCCCACGGAAUAAUGCCGACACCCCUCAGUCUGCCCCACCCCCCAUCACCAUGGAAACAGGAGUGUUCCUGGCUCCAACUAUACGCAGAUUCACCACAACUGACCCUCUCAUGAAACCAAAUGCUAUGAGGUUGAGGAAACUACGUCAGUCGGUGGAUUUUGACAGCGACAAGAUUUCUGAACUCGAUGAAGAGGAAGAGCCUCCAAAAUCUCCUAAGAUCAUCUCCCCUGAAAUGAUUUCUGAACUCAAUGAGUUGGAGGAGGAGCCUCCUAAGAUCAUUUCUCCCGAAAAGAUUUCUAAGUUAGAGGAGGAGCCUCCAAAGUCUCCUAAGGUCAUCCCUACAGGUCGACGGCCAAAUGGGAAGGCAGCACCAACGAUUGCAGAAAUUACCAAUGGACACAGAAGUGGUGCUAGUUCACCUGCUCCUAGUGAUGACAGUGGACGUGGUACCAGUGCGGGCAACUCACGGCCUAACUCCCAGAUUGAGGACAACAGAAUUCGUGCUGAGAGCUGGGGCAAGAAGCCGAAUCAGUUGACGAUACUCGAGCAGAAAGAAGAAGAACCGAUACUAGUCAAGCAGGAACAAGUGGAAGGUUCUGCUGAUUCAUCCAAGACAGUGACCCCGGAGGUAACUCCUGUCAGGCAGCGAGGUUCUAUACACGAGGAGACAAGAAAAGACUUAGAGAAGACAGUGGAGGCAGAGGAGACAGUCCCUGACGAUGAAGGAGAUGAUGAAUUGGACGGUGGUGUUCACAAGAAAACCGUUCGUUCGUCAAGUUCCCCCGCUCCGUUUGAGCCAGCGUUGCAGAUAAUUCAGGACACUACCCGCCGGCCCCUGUCAAUGUGCAGUAUUAGCGAGGGUGGGGUGGAGGGCGCUCUCACGGGGUCAGGGUCCGAGAUGUCGUUAGAAACCCCCCGACAUAGAAGUCUCAAAGAAAAGAUGAUGAAUAGUCCUAGGAUGAGUGAGAGACCCAGGAGCUUUCUAGUGAGAGGCUUCUCUAUUGGGCUACCACAGUACAACCAGCUCCACCAGGCCUGCAAGGAUGGUAGUCUUGAGGAGUUGGGCAAGGCCCUGGGGGACAGUAGGUUCAUGUGCUCUGACAUAGUCAACCUGGAGGAACUCUCCAAUGAGGAGGUCCCACACACCCCACUCUUUAUUGCCUUCAUCAACGACCACUUCCAGACUAUGGUACGGCUGCUGGAGCAUGGUGCCAACCCAAACAGUACAGAGUCUGUACAGAAAGCCUCGCUACUCCACUGGGCUUGUGCUAAGGGGUGCAUGGAUGUACUAGACUUGCUGGUCAAGUACAAAGCUGAUGUGAACAAGAGGGACAGUUCAGGCAACACUCCUCUCAUGCUGGCCUGUAAGAAUGGACAUAUGGACAUUGUGGAGUUUCUGCUAGCAAAUGGUGCCAAUGUGGAGAGUGAGAGUAGUGCUGGACGCACUCCCCUCCAUGAGUCCUGUGAGAGUGGCAAGGCUGAGAUUGUGGACCUCCUUCUGAGGGUUGGGAGGGCUGACCCCACUGUACGAGACCAAAAGGAGCUCUCCCCUUACGAUAUUGCAUUCAACAACAAAAACAAUGAGAUAAUGUCAAUGCUGCAGCAGGUGACUCCUGAGAUUGUGCGUCCCUACACUGUCCGGAACACCCACACCGCCACGGGGGGACAGAUGAUCACCUCCCUCUCAUUCAAGGGCAACGACCUACUCAUCACAGGAUCACAUGACACUCAGGCUUGUUUCCUGAAUACGACUGACCUGACUGAGGUGGCCUCCCUGCAUUUCACAGACACAGUUCUGGACCUGGCUGUCUAUGACCACACCCACCUAGUCAUAGGCUCCACCUCCAUACAGAUCGUCGAUAUAGAUGAUCACGACAAGAGACAGACGGUAGCAGACGACACUAGUGACGAUGAAAGUCUCGAAAACCCUCCCCUGCACUUGGCCAAGUUUGGCCCUCAGGGUCGACUGGUGACAGCCAGUGCUGAGAACAAUGUAGUAAAGCUGUGGCCCCCAGUGGUGACCCAGACAGGGGGCAUCGUUACAAUGCCUGAGGCUAUGCUUGCAGUGGGUGAGGAGAGCCAGGGACGAGGCUCCAUCUAUUGUCUGAGUGUGUCCCCCUCCCCCAAUUGCCCGUGGUUGGCCGUGGGGUUCCAGCCUGGCAGGACGUUCUUACCACGAGGAAACAAGCUAGUCUACAUUUAUGACUGGGAGAGGAAAGAACUCAAGCAGAUAUUCGAUGCAGGUGAGGGUGGUCUACAGACAGGAGUCUAUGUGACCUUCUCUCCUUGUGGCAGAUUUGUGGCCAUUGGAUGUGCCAAAACAUUGUGUAUCUGGGACCCAAAGAGUGGGGACCUCGUUCAAAAGUUCACCAUUGAAAAUGGUGCUAAGAUUAGCAGUGUGACAUACUCUCCCAAUGGCUGCCACCUAGCUACAGGGCUGAGCAAUGGAGAGGUGCAGGUAUUCGAGACCUCCUCUAGCAGUCCCGUCUUCUACCUUAUGAGACACAAAACUUCCCCAGUCACUGCAAUGGCCUACUCUGAGAAUGGCAAGCUCUUUGCUACUGGACAACAGAACGGAUGCUUACAACUCUGGGAGGCCUAUGGAUGUGUGGUCUCAAACUCGACUGACAGUUAGUCUCCAUUGACGAGGACAACAGCUGGCGCACACACAACACUAAUGGAGCACUCUAAUACAUGACUCACUGAACGUUUCAACUCUUGCAAACCUUUUUUUUCGUUUUGUUGCAUGUGUGUGUGUAUGUUGAUAUUGUGUGUGUAUUUUUAUCUGGCAUAUAAACAUGUUUUUCAUCACCUGCUUUCUUUUUAUUUAAGUGUU